AUGGACAAUACUAGGAUGAACUCCUCCUUAGAGUAUGCAAUUUGUAACCGUGGGACGGGCGCCUACCAUAAUUUAGAGCAAAGCUCCCCUUCCUUCCCUUCCUGCUCAGGUAGCCCUGUCAGUGACACUUUUAACUGCGACGGGCGCUUUGGCGUAGGAGGGAGCGCGGCUGCGGCCGCCCAUCUGCCCUCGCAAAGCCCCGGCUACCAGCCUCCCUCCUCCGGGCGCCUUGUGCCUUUCGCAGGUGCUGCCCCAGCCGCCGGGUAUCCGGCCCAAUCCUGCGGCCCCAGCUACGGGCACCACCAGCUCUACCUCAGCCAGUCGGACGCGGACGGUAUGUACUUCCAAGCGACUGGGUGCUCCGCCAACGCGGGAUCCAGCCUCGGCUCCUUAGCAGAGAGCUACUGCGGGGCGAUUGGGCAGUACCAGCAACACCACCUUUAUGGGCAGGAGCAGUCCGGCUACUUGUCCGGCGUUUACAGCAACCUCUCGCCUUCUUUAAACGAGGACAAAGACCCUGCGUGCCCCUCCGAACCGUGUCCCAGCGCCACACAGACCUUCGACUGGAUGAAAGUGAAGAGGAACCCGCCCAAGACAGCUAAAGUGUCGGAGUACGGGCUGUUGGGCCAGCCCAACACCAUCCGCACCAACUUCACCACCAAGCAGCUGACGGAGCUGGAGAAGGAGUUUCACUUUAAUAAGUACCUCACCCGAGCCCGGAGGGUGGAGAUCGCUGCCACCCUGGAGCUCAACGAAACCCAGGUCAAGAUCUGGUUCCAGAACAGGCGGAUGAAACAGAAGAAGAGGGAGAAGGAAGGACUUGCCCCUGCAGCUGCCUCCAGGUCUGCAAAAGAAGCGGGCGAAGCUUCGGAUCAGUCCAACUGCACCUCACCUGAGACCUCCCCCAGCUCGAUCUCCUCCUGA